AUGAUCUUCCGAAAAGGCUGCAUAAUUGGAAAAGACGAAAUAUUUCUGCAUUGCCGGAAAAAAAUCCAAGAAAAUCCCAAGGGCGACCCUCUUUGGUCCGAGUGGAAAGCUACUGAAUCAUUUUGCAAUGCGGAGAAUGAAUAUCAGCAGUUAACUAGGCAGUGUAUCCGAGGAACGUGCUCUGGCCCAUGGUUCAUGGUCAAAGCGUGCGACUCGUGCGGGAAACCAAUCGAUGGUAUCAAAGAUUACAACGAAGACUACUACUCAGCGUCGUCCUACAGCUCUUCAUACAAUGACAAUGACGAACAAGUCGACAAUAAUUAUGGCGAUGGGUUCUGA